GGCACGCUGGGCAGUCUUCAGUCCGGUCUCACAAUGCCGACAGGGUGGAGGCUGACAUCUUCCCAUCAUGCACCGCUGCGCAAAGCACAUGUCCCGACAUUUCUCUGCCACACACAAGAUGGCCACGCCUGCCUCCCAGCCCCGCCCGCUUCCUUGCGUGACGUCAUCCCCCCGCGCCGCUCGGCAUUGCGCGUUGCCAUGGAGGCCUCCGUGCUGCGUGUGAAGAGGAAGCGCGGAGCGGACCCGGCGGAGGCGCUGGUGAUCAGCUGUAAGAGGCUCCGCGCGGAGCAGGAGGAGGCAGCGGCGGCAGAGCCCGGGCCGGUGGUCACCACCCAGGUGUUCAGACUCGCUGCCACCGUCAGCUCGCAGGCAAGCCCCGGGCUGGGAACCACGUGCUGCCCUGGGACCCGGGCACUGGGGACUGGCCGCAAUCACACCGUCACUUAUAUAGCGCCAACACAGGCUGCAGCGCUGUACAAAGCAUGGUCACUGCAACCACCAUAACCACUUCAGUGACUUGCUCUGCCUCAUGUCACUACUGUGCGUAAUUUACUAUGACUUAAAGGGACACUAUAGGCACAAUGAAAUGGUCUGGGUGCCAGGCCCAGCUAGGGUUAACCCUGCCUGCUGUAAUACUGCUACGUUCACACUGAGGGUUAAUCCAGCCUCUAGUUGCUGUCUCAUUGACAUCCGCUAGAGGCACUAACCCGCUUCUCACUGUGAUUUUCACCGUGAGAAGACGCCAGCGUCCAUAGGAAAGCAUCUAAACACUGGACUGACAUUCUCAGCCAGCGAGCUAGCAGGGUACUGCAGGGCUUAGCUGAGUAGAACUAGCAGACACUCGUACACAGGAGCAGGUGUUUUCAGUUUAGAAGUCAAUCAAUUAUCAAGUGGUUUCUCUACUUACAAUGGGGGUCGGGAAGGGGGGUGCCAGGGGAAUCCUGGCACGAUAAUCACUAUAGUAUGCUGUAGUGGUUGUGGUGCUUGGCAUAUUGCUUUAAGAUGCUAUACGCAUACCUCCCAACCUCUGAGGACAUCAAGGAGAUGUACUCAUUAUUCAGAACUACACAAAGUGUAAUGUAAGUGCAUUCCUGGUCUGGUCACCUGGGUUCAAUGUUGGGAGGUAUGCAUAUGUUUUCACAGCCUCUACCUGCCACCAGUGUUAAUUUUGGUGGAAAUUUAGUUUUAGUGAUAGUCUUUUGACUAAAAAGCCACUUUGGUUUUAGUCAUAUUUUAGUCAUUUGAAUUGUUUUUUUUUUCAGUUGACUAAAUCUCCAGUCAAUGUAGGCGACACAACUAAAUUCUAAUGGGUUUAGUUAAAGCCCCUAUCUCAGUGUAGGGUCAGAGCCGAUCUACCUUUUGUAUUGGACUGUGAAUAUUGUACUGUAUUUUUCCCAAAUUGUACAGCGCUGCAGAAUAUGUUGGAGCUUUCUAAAUGCUGAUAAUAAAUCAAUUUAGGCCUAUCUUUAUCUCAUUACGGCUUCGUCAAACCUGCCUCAUCAGCACAAUAUCACUUCUGAAUAUUUUAUAAAGAUAAAAUGCAUUGAUAAAAUACUCUCCGACUGUGGUACAAUUUAAUUACAUGCGCAAAAGUACAUGCUUUGAACUUGAGAAUCCCUACAAACCGUGCUCUUGCAUCCAUAUUGCAGUUUUGAAAUUGCAGUAAACAAAGUACCAAAAAGCUUGGAACACAGUUGACAAACUGUUGUACACGGAUUCAUGGAACAAUCAGGCCAAAUUUGACAUUAAUGUUUGAAUUAGAAUGUAGAUCCCAAGCAAUCACGUCACUGGAUCUCCUUAUGCAUCUAGAGGUUAGUGACUUCAUGGAGGAUAUUCUAAGUAACAAAUAGUCGUGCCUGACUCUUGGCUAAUAAAUAAGUUGACAAUCCAGGAGGGAAUGACCCCUAGACUCUUUACAUGCUAAAAAAUUCAAUGAGCUGUGGUGGUGGUAUUCAGAGGACCCAUUUAAUAGCAGUUCAUCAGAUGCAGACAGAUUUGGGGGUAUUCCACUGUAUUUGCACUCUUAAAUUUUAAUAGAAAAAACAUCUGAAUGCAUAUUGACCUCUGUUUAAAUAGACGCUUGUUGUUUUUUUCAUUGUAUUGAUGUUUUAUUGAAUUUUAUUUAAUACAGUUUUUAAAUUCGUAUUGAGAUAAGCUCUAAAUUGAUUCUUGUCUAUUUUUAUCAGAAUGAGCCCCUCCAAAAGUACAUCAAUGAAGCACUUUCCCGUGACCGUGCCUGUCAAGCCUUGCACCCUUCCAGUGGAAGCAAGCAGAGAAUCCACGAAGAGCUACGGACGUGGAAGCACGUUAAACGUCAGAACAGCAGAUACCGAGUAGUCUCAAGUCUCAGGCCCACACUUACAGAGGCAGAAGUAUUUUCAGAUGAAUCAGACCAACCUACCAGUCCUGACAGUCCCCUGUUAAGCACUCAAACAAGCACGGAAGCUUCAGUUUGUGCGACAGGACAUACAGAGACCAACGGCAACUUCCAGUUGUUUGAUAUGGUCCAAGAGGAACCAGAAACAGCAUCCGAGGAGUUAAAGGUUUGUUUGUCUGCCCAGCAACCCGGUCGUGGGUUGCGUAUAACAAUAUACAUACAUGCAUAGGUGGACAUUUCCUGGAUGCAUAGUGUGUAUUCAUAUAGUGAUAAUUUAAGUGGGUGAUUUUAAAACACUUUCCUAAUCUGUGAUAGUUGCCACAUGCAAUAUGUGUAAUAAUCUUACUCUCCUUGUUCUGUUUUUGCUUUGGUUUUCUUCAAAUCUACCCAUUGUCAAUUAUUGUUGUUUAAGUAUAGGGGCUAUUCUCUCGUGGCCCUUUUUCCUGGAGGCUCAAUCAGAUUUAAUGUUUAACUCCAAGUGCGUAAGCCAGGCAUCCCCCGGCCUCACAAUUCUCUUCCCAUCCACAUCUGUGGGGACAGGUGGAUAAGGGCAGGGUCUCGGAUCCUCUUUGCAUUAUUUACAACCAGGAUUAUUUAUUAUAAUGACAUUUCAAAUUAAAGGCCACAGUAACUAAACUGAAAGCAUUUCCAUUUUGACUCUUUUGAGCAUACAAUCUGAAAUUCACUUUAGUAAUUAACUUGUUUGAUGAUUGACCUCCGUCAUCAAUGACGCUGCAUAGCUAGGAAGACAAAUCUCAUCUGUGUGCCACAGAGCAAGAAAUUAGCAGGAUUUAAAAUAAUCCCUACAAACAACCAUAUUGUGAAAAUAUUAAACAUUAGAAAUAGAGCACAGCAUAUAGGCAGAAUGAGAAGAUAAAAAAACAAAACAAUAUUUAAAGGAACACUAUAGUGUUAAUAAUACGGAGCUGUAUUCAUAACACUAUAGAAACUCUCUGCCCCUGCUGAUCCCUCAGCACUAGGUAGGGAUCCUCCUCCGCCAACAUCAGCUGAUUGAGGGGGACCAAUGCAUAUGCGUUGCACGCACAUUAGGCUUUCCCCAUAUGGGCUUUCCUAUGGCGAUUUUCAACACUUUGGACGUCCUCAUGCAAAACAUGAGGACAUCCCAUCCAGUGUCAUUUCACAAAGUCAAACUGUGUGAACCUGCACGAAGAGCCACUAGAAGCUGUCUAAACACUGUGGUUUCUCAAAAACUGCAAUGUUUUACAUUGCCGGGUUAAUGAACAGGGACACUGCACAUGGACUACGUCAUUGAGAUGAAGUGGUCUGGUGCCUAUAGUGUUCCUUUAAUGCUCAUGUCAUUUAACACAGUAUUUGAUUACUUUUGUUUUUUCCUUAUAAGAAUUAAUGCUCAUUCUGUAUAGGAUAAAGGGUAUGGAAUGAUAUGUCACAUUAUGGGUAAAAGAUCACAUUCAACAUUUGGGAUUGGGAAUCCGGUUCUAUUAUGUUACGGUUAGCACUGAUGUAAUGAAAAUUAGUGUGAUACAGUUAUCCUAGUGGCCCUUUAACCCUGUGAGUGCCAGAGCUUGUACCACACAUUGAUCUGUCAUUGAAAAGAAGUAUUUGCGACUAAUUUCAGAUGAAGCCAACUAGUGAAUGACUUACUGGUUUAUUUUUCCAGCAGGACAGCGAUCCGGAAACCAUCAUAUGUAACUCUAUGAGGAUGAUCAGGGAGAAGCUUACUGUAUCCGACCAAGGCCUGGAGCAUCGGGAGAACAACGAGGAGUUUGUGUAUGACAUUUAUUAUGCCGAGGCCUCUCCUCACAACUGGAUCCAGGACAUCCUUUCUGUCCAGCCGUACACUCAGGAGCAAGAACUGGUAAUAGUGUAUACCCUAAGCUUUUGUUUUCAACUAUUGUCAAUUUGUAGAAAUACUAAAAUGUGGUAAGCAAAACACAAAAAAGUAAAUAAAAAAAAAAAAAAACAUUUUAAAAAAAUGCUGGAUUUGCUGUAUUAAUAUUUAGAGGUACUAACUCAAAACAAUUAGGAGAAUUAAAAUUGGUCAAGCACUCAACUUCACAAUUACUGGACCAGUAGAGACGGAAUGGCAUUAUAAAAUAAAUGUAAAAAAAAAAAAAAAUACAACUUGCCGUAUAUACUCGAGUAUAAGCCGAGUUUUUCAGCACAUUUUUUGUGCUGAAAAACCCCAACUCGGCUUAUACUCGAGUCACUGUCUGUAUUAUGGCAAUUUACAUUGCCAUAAUACAGACUGGGGGCUGGCAGCGAGCGCUUACCUCUCCGGCAGCUCCUGUCAGCUCUCUCCUCCUCCGCGCCGGUCCGGUCAGCACCUCGGUCAGCUCCCAGUGUAAGUCUCGCGAGAGCCGCGGGGUCAUAGUGCGGCUCUCGCGAGACUUACAGUGUGAGCUGAGAGAAGAGCUGCACGGACCGGCGCGGAGGAGGAGAGAGCUGACAGGAGCUGCAGGAGAGGUAAGUAACAGCUCUGCCAGCCCCCUCCUCCCCCCACUGAACUGCCAAUGCCACUGGACCACCAGGGAAGGAGAGCCCCCCUCCCUGCCAUGUAUCAAGCAGGGAGGGGGGACAAAAAAUAAAUAAAUUAAUAAUAUAUAAAUGAAAAUAAUAAUGAAUACAUUUAUAAUAUAUAAAUAAUAAAAAUAAUAAUAAAAAAAUAAUUAAAAAAAUAUAUAACAAAAAAAAUUAAAAUAAUAAUAAUUUUUUUUUAAUAAAAAUGCCCACCCCCCACCAAGGCUCUGCAACACAAACACACACUGCAUCACACACACUGCACACUCAUAUAUACACACACUGCACACUCAUAUAUACACACACUGCAUUUAUACACACACUGCAUUUAUACAAACACUGCACUCAUACACACUGCGCUCAUACACACUGCGCUCAUACACACUGCGCUCAUACACAAACACUGCGCUCAUACACAAACACUGCGCUCACAAACGCUGCACUCAUACACACACGCUGCACUCAUACACACACACUGUAAAUAAAUAUUCAAUUAAUAUAAUUUUUUUAGGAUCUAAUUUUAUUUAGAAAUUUACCAGUAGCUGCUGCAUUUCCCACCCUAGUCUUAUACUCGAGUCAAUACGUUUUCCCAGUUUUUUUGGGUAAAAUUAGGGGCCUCGGCUUAUAUUCGGGUCGGCUUAUACUCGAGUAUAUACGGUAACUUGGGAGCAGUGUUCAGCAUCCAUACUAAUCCAUUAAAUACUAUUUACCACUAAUAAUAGCAUAAAGUAAAGCGUGUAUUAUAAGAUCUACCCUAGAGGAAAAACUACAUGGAAAGCAUCUGAUCUAUCGAAAAUAAUUAUGGAUGUGCACUCCAAUAAUAAUGUAGCAUACUUUUAUAUAGGGGUAGGGGUGUUGACUCAUGCUCUGUACUGUUUGGCUUCUGCAAGAAAUGGUUAUCUCUAUAUGUUAAAGGGACACUAUAGUCACCAAAACAACUUUAGCUUAUUGAAGCAGUUUUGGUGUAUAGAUCAUUUCCCUGCAGUGUCAAUUAUCUGCCAUAUAGGCGUUAAAUCACCUCCCUGCAUGUGACUUGCACAGCCUUCCUAAACACUUCCUGUAAAGAGUCAGCUAAUGUUUAUCCUUCCUUCAUUGCAAAUUCUAUUUAAUUUAAAAUGUAUUAUCCCCUGCACUGUUGAUAGCUUGCUAGACCCCACAGAAGCCUCCUGUGUAUGAUUAAAGUUCACUUUAGAGAGCAGGCAAUAAGAACUUUUAAAGUAAGUUACAUCUAAUUGAAAGUGAAACCAUUUAUUUUUUUUAUGCAUGGUGUGUGAGUCACAGCCAAGGGGGGUGUGGCUAAGGCUGCAUGGACAGAGACAGAUGGGAUUAACUCCUAAAUUGCAGAGAAUUGAGCAGUGAGACUGCAGGAUCAUGAUCCAUACACUAAAACAGCUUCAUUAAGCUAAAGUUGUUUUGGUGACUGUAGUGUCCCUUUAACUAUAUUAGCUUUGAUACAUUGUAGCUGGUCAUAUAUUCUGUUAUUUUUUUAUUGAUUUUUACAAUUCUAUAACACAGUGCUAUAUUUUUAGCUUUUUAUUGCGUCCAUAAUUAUUUUCUAUUUUCAAAUUUUCCAGGCAUUUUUGGGAAAUGUCUAUUUUUGUAUUUUCACCUUGCUUAUGAUUUUAUUUAAAGUGAUAGAUGGUACACCCUCCGUUCUAGAUUAGAAUAUUACUGCUUUGAGCUAACAUUCUCUGAAUUUGCCUGCUUCCUUAGUAGAGCUGUAGCAGCUUUCCAGGCACAGUUCUUAAUGCUGUUGGCCAAUGUAACAGCACUGUGUAUAUAUGUUUUAUCCUCUAGAAUCUGUGAUUAGAAAUGACUCAACAGAACACAAGUAUACAUGCUGGUAAAUGUGUUGUAACUGUGCGAUCUCUUUGUGCUUUUUUUUCUGGUGCUUAUUAGUGCAUUUCACCUGAUCAGCUCCCUUUGGAUGCAUUUUAAGAGUUGUUGCCUCUUGGAGGUGAAGUGUCACACUUGGACCUUCAGGCAGUAGAGCCUGUGUUAUAGUCCAUGUAGUAUAUGGCUUAUGUUUACAACAUACCGCUGUGCGUGUACAUAGCAUGUCCCUUUCCAACUAAGUCUCUGUAGUACCACUCGGUAUUCACUCAUAUUCAUUGCAGGUUGCUGAUGAUAUUGAACCAGAAGAGAUUUACGAGGAUGAAGACGAUGAAAAUGAAGAGAGUAACUGGAGGAAUGACUAUCCCGAUGAAGAGGACAGCGACCAGGAAGAGAGAUAUCAAGGUAAUUGAGAGAUUUGCUCUCUUAGGGUUACUCACCAAAGUGUAAGUUAGCAUGAAUUUAUACUUUUAGGCCAAAAAUAACCCCCAUGAAAACCUAGCCGACUGAUAAUUCUUCAAUUUGACAUCUCAGUUGAUACAUUAAGUUUAUCCAUGGUCUGUGGCUCUGCCAUUUUUUUUAAAAACAGUCAUUCACUCAACAGAAAUCUACGCUGUGUGCAAUCUGAAUGCAACCAUGAUAUGUCUAUCAUCUGUUUGUAGAGUAAUUCCAGUUCUCACUUGUACCAGCUUUGUCCCUGUUGGGAAAUGCAUUCUUGUUUCAGCAACUUGGCGUCACACCGGACCAUGGUCCAGAUUUAAAUUGGAGAUGUUGAGAGGGGAGAGAUGACUAAGUGAUUCUGCUUCCUUAUACCUUCUGCCCCCCUCCCCAAAGAUCCCCUCCUUUCUUAAUUUCCCUGUGUGACGCCACACCCACGAAAACAAAUGAAACAUUGACACUUCUUGUGCCUUGGGACAUUACCCCUAUUUCCAAUGUAAAAUAAAAGUUGCGAGAACUGUCCAUUUCAUACAAAGUGUGCAUGAUUUUAGCCAAUGAGACACACAAAAUUAUUUCUAGAUCCAUCAUUCUCCACAUUUGAAAAAAGCUUGUUACUGUACUUUUAUAGGAAUGUCUCCUUUUGCUAUUUCUGGUACUAAGAUUGUAGACUAUGUGCAUCUUAUUACCCAAAUUGUAACUAGUAUCCCCACAUUGAGUUCUUGAUAGAGCAUGUAUAUGUAGGUGUCCCUCUGUUUUUACUUCUACCCCAUUAAUCAAAAAGUUAAUGCGAACAUUGCUGAUCUAUAUCUUAUGACUUUGCAUAUAUAUAUAUAUAUAUAUAUAUACUGGUGUGUCUUGAGUACCUAAACAAACAGCAAUUCAGGCCUGACCACAGCAUUCAGAAAAUUCUAGUACUCAGUUGAUUGAUCCCAAUCUUAUAUACACCGGUAGUUUAAUGGAACCGAUAACUGUUCAUUGCACAAAAUGUAUGACGUUCUAUGACCUUUUUCCACUUUGAACAGGUUACUAUGAAGAAAGUGAAGAGGAGAACGAUGGAUGGAGCGCUUAUCGUCGUAAAAACAAACUUAGUUUCCUGGAGGGGGAUGAUGAUGGCGAAGAUACGGACUAACAUCACCUCAUAAGAGUGAUGAAUAGCAUUUAUAGAGGGUAUCUCUCUUUGCAGAUCUUGGAGAAAUGUUCUAAUUACUAAGAACAAAUAUAUUCAAAUUAUUAUUUUUUCCUCUAAUUGCGACAGUUUGGUAGAACAAAACUCUUUAGAACCCCCUGGAAUGCAGUCUUUCAGUAAGGCAUGAAUCAGUAUUUGCCAUGCAUUAGCAACAACCAAAAAUAUCUAUAUGAAUUCUGCACUGUCGUCUUUAAAAUGAUUAGAUUGUGUUCUCGCAUCUGGAAUAGUACCAGGUCUAUCUCAGAGCUUCUAGGUUUGACCACUGGGUUCUGGUUGAACAAACUCUUGCUUUUGGUAAGUGGAGUGGAGGCAAACUGUUCAGAACUUUCUGAGGUGGUCAUGCCCUUAUUUAUUGGUGGUAUUUCUCCUUUUGCACAUACUGCCUAAUACUGUCAAAGUUGUUGGAAGUUGUUUUUUUUUUUUUUUGCCAUAGUGAAAGGGUUCUAGAUAUUUAAUAAUAAAUAAUUUUUUCCCCCCUCUAAUAUGUUUUGUUGCAAUUUCUGAUGAGUUUACUUUUUGAUUUUAAUAUCGAAUGGUUUGGGCUUACAAUUUUAAAUUAAGUUUUAAUUCACUUUGCCAGCAGAUCACGCUUUAGUAAAUAACCACAUAAGAGAUUAAUUUACUAAAUAGUAAAAAUUAUGCUUGGCUAUUUUGUAUUUAGAGUUGCAGAUGACUGUUUAGUGAAGAAACAUUGAUUCAUGGACUCAAAAUACAAUCUAUACAUCUCAUGGUAACUUAAUCAGCACAACGAACAGAUCAUGUGUUAUAAUAAAAUUGGUCAUACCUUUGAAUUAGACGGCAGAUGGGAUUUACCAGAGCUGUAUUAGAACACCGCAAAACUAUACACACACUAAGGCAGUUAGAGACACUACACACCGCUCCAUUUUAAUCUCCAAAAGUUAAAUUCCACCAACAUGUAAUAUUGGAAAAGUUCAAACUAAUUGGACGUUACUUCAAGCCACUAGAGGCACUUCUGCAGAAAUAGCGGAGUAAAACGCACAGACUGAUUGUCACAUGUGGACUAGCUUACCAAUGCUUUCAUACGUUUCUAUGGGAAAGCAUGGAUUAGUUCAGAUCAUUGAUCUUAACCAAGGAUGUGGGGCCAGCCACAGAAACCGCGCUGAGAGGAAGAAAAGGUUAAUAACUUUUUCCUCCCUGCAGGUGGGGGUUGUCACCUAAACAGGUCACUAUAGCUUCGGGAAUACAAAGCGGUUUUCCUGACACUAUAGUGCCCCCUCCCGUGGAGCUGAAGGGAUUAAAACCCCUUCAGCAGCUUACCUUAUUCCAGCACCGGGCUCCCUCGGCACUGGUGACCCUCCUCCCACUCAGACGUCAGGAGCGGAAUGCGCAGCAGGUGGCGCGCGCACGCAUUCAAAGAGUCCAUAAGAAAGCAUUUCUCAAUGUUUUCCUAUGGACGCUCUGCGAGAUGAAGGCAUAAUAUGCCUCCAGCGUCGCAGACGCGCCUCUAGUGUCUGUCCGGAAGACAGCCACUAUAGGCUGGCUUAACCCCAAAUGUUUCUCUAAAACUGCUAUG